AUGGUCCAGGUGACCGACAAUACCUGUCCCACAUUUGCAGGACACAAAGCCUGCCGCUGCCCAGCCCACAGAGGACAGACAGUGGGAGCUAUCGUACUGCUGUGGUUGCUGGGGGCCGCUCUGGCCAAUGAAUACAGCUGGAAUAGCCCUGGAGAGACUACAAAGGAUCCCAAAACAGAGAACUUGUGUCUGACGGACCAGGCCUCCUGCGGCUGCUGCCUGAUGCAAAAGCAGAUGUGGAGGAUGGAGCAGUUCUUCAACAUGAGUCUGAACGAGCUGCAGAGUGGCCUGGAGAAGGCAAAGGCCGUGCUCAACAAAGUCCGCGCUAGCCGCAGUGCCUUCUCCGUGGCCCUGACCAACACACGACGUUGCGAGGGCCCCUUCCGUGAAGCUAAGACCAUCAUUUACCAGCACGUCUUCAUCAACCUGGGCGAGGGCUACAACAACCGCACCGGCAUCUUCACUGUGCCCCGCUCCGGUGUCUACAGCCUGGCCCUGACUGUGUACAGCGACUCGGGCGCCCCCGGCGCCACCCUGGCCGCCUGCGCCAACCUGAUGGUGAACGGGCGCCAGGUGUUGAGCUGCAGCGAGCAGAACCAGCAGGACCAGGAAGACAGCACCAGCGCGGUGAUGGCCGUCCAGCUGCAGGCCGGGGACAAGUUGUCUGUCACCCUGCCCAUCGGAUGCUUCCUGUGCGACGACCAGAGCCACUACAACACCUUUACCGGCUUCCUGCUCUACGCCACCGACUAA